UUGGGCGAAGGAAGUGAUGAAUUUCGAGCGUCUGGCGCUGUGCGUCGCCCUGCUGCUCGUGCAGUCGCCGAAAAAUGCGGGCAAUUGGAAAAUCGAGGGCGCGAAGAAUUCGGACGGUGGACCGGAAGCCCUAGCCUCCCGUUUCGGUUUUCUAUGCGAGUCGCAUCAAGUUACGACGGAAGAUGGAUACAUACUUACGCUGCAUAGAAUUUCCGGCGGAAAGAAGAUGAAGACCAAACCCAACGGCGGUGGAGUGUUACUACUUUUCCCUGGUCUGCUCGCGUCGUCGGAAACGUGGCUGUUUCGCGGCGCCGACAAAGAUCUACCCUAUGUCUUCGCCGACAACGGAUUUGACGUAUGGAUUUGUAAUCCUAGAGGCAACUUCUUUUCGAGAAAACACAGGUCACUCGAUCCGGAUACCGACGCGCACUUUUGGAAUUACAGCAUACACGAGCACGGCGUAUUUGACCUUCCCGCGUCGGUCGACUACGCCUUAAAGGUCACGAAGCAAAACUCGCUGUUCUUCAUCGGGCACUCGAUCGGCGCGUCCGCCUUCUUCAUCAUGUGCUCCUUGAAGCCGGAGUACAAUAAAAAGGUGCGACUCGCGACCACACUCGCCGCCGCCGCAUACGUCACGCGACCGGUCACUCCGCUCACCCAAAUUUUGCUGUCACUGGUGCCGCUGCUAUCGAGGGCGGUAACUGAAAACGGAAUUUACGAGUUAUUCCCGCGAGGUGGCAUUCUGUCGGUGGUGGGGCAGGUCUUGUGUCGCAAGGGCGCGAUAACCCGUUCGCUUUGCGUGAGUAUGGUAUUCGCCGUGGUCGGACGGAACAACGAGCAGUUCAAUUAUACGUUAUUUCCAGAGGCGCUCAAUUACUACCCGUCGGGGAGUAGCUUCAACGUGAUGACUCACCUGUACGACAUCUUCGCGGCGCGUAGAUUCGGUCCCAUUUCUGGCGAUACCAGUGAGGAGUACGACAUGAAAAUGGUAACGGCACCUGUCGCCCUCUACUACGCGGAUGGUGACGCUUUGAUUUCCAAAGAAGACAAUGAACUUCUUGCCAAAAGAUUGCCGAACGUCGUUGGACUAUUUAAGGUUCCGUACCACAAUUUCAAUCACAUCGAUUUCAUGUGGAGCAUCGAUUCGAAAAUUCUUUUAUACGAUCGUCUUGUUAAUCUAAUGAAACAGUAUUAAAUUACGUGUAGUAUUCUUACAAUAACGCAAUUAGCUAUAUAG